UUCUGCAAGCUUAGGAAAGAUUUGAGUCAUCCAGACAACAUGGACGACUCGGCCCUGUUCAUGGAAUGGGCCAUGGACACGCUGGAGCAGGAGCACCCAGACCCAGUGGUGGUCGUCAACGGCGACUCCGGCGACGCAGCCUUCCCCUCGCUUCAGGCGCUCCGUGAACAGCGCCUUGUCUUGGAAGAGCUGAUUACGGGAGCCAACCCGGCAAACAGCGGGAGCUCCGGCGAAACUACAGACGGUAGCGGAGGUUCUGGCAAUUUCUCAUCCCCGGCGGCCAUGGAGCACGCCGUCUGGCCCCCGUCCCUGAACUCGGCCAGGUGCGCUCCAAGACUUUCCAGGAACGGUGGAGGCACCAACCUUCCGGUCACAAGCUGGAAUUUCUGCGCCGCUUCCGCGCUGCCGGCCAGUGACGGCACACUGGACAGCGGCAGCGCCGGGCCUGUCGUCUCGGAGACGGUGUACGGGUCGCAGCCCACGAGGAGGGCCGCCGCAAGGAGCCCCACUGGCACCGGGCCCGUGUCGUCGGUGCCGCCGUACGCGCAGGACCAUAUCAUGGCGGAGCGGAAGCGCCGGGAGAAGAUUAACCAGCGCUUCAUCGAGCUCUCCACCGUCAUCCCCGGCCUCAAGAAGAUGGACAAGGCGACGAUCCUUUCCGACACGACGAGGCACGUCAAGGAGCUGCAGGAGAAGAUCAAGGCCCUGGAGGCAGCCGCCGGACGCAGCAGCAGGAGCAACGAGACCGUGGUACUCGUCAAGAAGCCGUGCUACGCCGCCGUUGCAGACGAAAACGGCUCACCCUCGUCCGCGUCGUCGGGGGCGCCGGCAGCGGAGAAACCUCUGCCGGAGAUCGAGGUGCGGUUCUCGGAGACCGGCAUCAUGGUGAGGAUCCUCUGCCACGACGUCAAGGGGGUGGUGGUGAGGGUGCUGUCGGAGGUGGAGGAGGGGCUCCACCUCACCGUCACCCACGCCAAUGUCAUGCCGUUCACGGCCUGCACUGUCAUCAUAACCAUCACGGCCAAGGCAAGUUUUCCUUCCUUCAUUCCACAAUUCGGUCCAAUAUUGAUUUUUGUGAUUCACAGUAAGAAAUGAUGUAGAGGCGGGGGUAAUCCUCCUUUCGUAAAAGAAACAGCAAGGUAAAUGUUUUUAUUUUAUUUUGUGGGAGAGUAAGGUAAAUGAUACUAGCAAAUAUCUCUGCACGACAAAUGCUACUACAUAUUAAUAAAAGUCGAGUAAGAAUUUUCAUGUUUUUUUAUGAAAAAACUUUCAAUCUAUUCAUCAAAUAUCAUGACAGUACAAAGAACACAAGAGGCAAUAUAAAUUACAUCCAUGGACAUAGACCACAUAGCGACGACUACAAACACUGAAGUAAACCGAAGACGCGCCGUCAUCAUCGUCCCUUCCUCACCGGAGCCGGGUAAACCUUGUUGUACUAGAUAGUCUGAAAGUCGUCAUGCCAAGGCUCCAAAGGACCAACACACCAGAACAACAACAAUCGCCGAUGAAGAGAUGCGUAGAUCGGAAGAAUCCAACCUGUAGAACCGUUAGCGUGGACGAAGGAAGACUGGAUCCAAGCAGAUCCGCCGAAGACAAACACCAACAUAGAUCCACCGCAGAUACACCUGCACACGCCCUUCGACUAUGCUAGACGCACCGCCGAGAUGGGGGCUAGGCGGGGAGAAGCUUAUUCCAUCUUUAGGGCCGCUGCAUUGUCUUCCUGAGUAGGACACAAACCCUAAACAAACUAAAAAACACCUAAAAUAGAGCAGGAUCCCUCCCAACAGCAUGGGCUAUGAUCCACCGCGUCUCCAUGGCACUAAGGCCACGACAGACGAGGCAAAUCGGCGGUGGCACCUGUAGGAGGCAAGGAAACCCUAACAUGGGACUUGCUUAUGGAAGGAGCAAGAGAACGUCUGUCUGUGGUUUGGGUUAAGAAUUUUCAUGUUUAACCAUAUGAUCUAGCUCCUUCCAUUUAUCAAUGUGCCUAGACUGUAUUACCAUCUACUAAACAUAUAUUAGUUUCAUAAUGUGGUAUUCUGAAGAAUAUUAGUAAUUAUAAUUAAUUUGAAUAUACAGUCGCAGGGCACAAAAUUCCUACACACGCUCCUACAUGAAUCUCAACAUGUAGACACCAGACGGCCUAGAACUAGCAUUGACUUAUAUAUAAGACAAUCUCAAACGACUUAGAUUUAGCUAAACCAAAGCGAUUAACAUCUUGGACCAGAAAGAUAUUCGUGUCCUCGAGACAAUGUGAUUUCAAUGCUAGAAAGUUUUGCUGUCCAUGAAAACCUAUACCCAUUGUUGUACCAGUUGGAAUCGUCAAACAAAAUAAAAAUCUUAUAUGAUAUCGUCAUAGCUGCACUAUGAUGGCCUUAACUAAUGUUCCGUACAAAUACAUUAUUAUAUCCUGCAUUGUGAGGAAGCUUCUUAAUUUGCAAGACAUGGUCAACAUCUAUAGAAAAUAGCACAAACGUACUAUCAUAAAGCCUACAUAUAGAUCAUUAUUUAUUGAAUAAAAAUCUAGCUAAUCAUGCAUGUUCCACUGGAAAAAACCUAAUCAUGUUCGUUCACACGUAUAAUAUUCAUUAAAACAAGUAGGAAAACAUAGUGCCCCAUAUAAUGCAUGGAUUUCGGAUCAAUAGCUAGCUUGAUUUUGUCUUCAGGUGGAUGAGAGCUUCAUCGUUACAGCAGAGGACAUCGUAGGAAGACUCAACUCCGUAGUGGAACAGCAUAGCAGCUGCACUUCUGCCGAAGGAAAAUGAAACAAGAAACAUACAUGACAUGACUUCAUAUGUAUAGUACGGAACAUAUUAUAUUGUAUAAUUAUAUUUGGAAGUGGUGAGAGGGAGUA